AAGAAAUUUCAUUUUGGUUCUGUUUGACAGGCAAUUUGAAGUCGAAUUGUAGCAAGAAACGUUGCUGACAACAUUGUUUCAGACAACAGUUUGACAAAAUGAGCUGGUGCCAUAGUCUUAUGAGAUGGUACUUGAUGACAGUUGUAGCAGCAGAAGUCAGACUUGUUUCAACAGACGGAAACUACGAAAAUGACUACACUUCUUUGGAUACGGGGUCAUCGAUCUUAACAAUGACUGUUGAUUUAAUUGCUGACAUUUUUGACACGGAUUAUGAUUAUGAUUAUGAUGCUGAUAAUUCAUACACGAGUGAUUACAAUCCGGUCUCCUCGAUCUUCAAAUCCGACUACACGAGUGAUUAUAAUCCGAUCUCCUCGAUCUUCAAAUCCGACUACACGAGUGAUUACAAUCCGAUCUCCUCGAUCUUCAAAUCCGACUACACGAGUGAUUAUAAUCCGAUCUCCUCGAUCUUCAAAUCUGACUACACCAGCGAUUACAACGACUACACGAGCGAUUACAACGACUACACGAGUGAUUACAACGACUACACGAGUGAUUACAACGACUACACGAGUGAUUACAACGACUACACGAGUGAUUACAACGACUACACGACCGCUAAGAACGACUAUACCAGCUUACAUGAGUCAUUUGGAGGAUCCUACAUUCCAGAUGACAACGAAGACUAUACUCCUGAUUUUGACAGGAGCGAGACAUGGUGGUACGAUGAUCUAGAUUACGAUGAUCCAGAUUACUCCAGAGCUGUUCCAGAAGGUUCCGCUAAGCAUACCUGUCAAGAAAUUGAACCACAAGUAAUUCUACCGGAUUCGUUCACAGUCACUAUGGACGUCACGUGGCGUAAGAGGCCACAGAAUGUGGAUUACAUCAGUAGAGUUACGGUCGAGUACGAUAAGGGCGAUAUCAACUUUCAGAUCCAAUAUAAAGCUGAAACGAUGGACACUGGAACUGGUUUUGACCUAAACUUGACUGUGGUAGAAAACAAAGCAGUUGGCUCCAGUGAUGAAUCAUGGUGGUGUUUGGGCGAAGACGGAGCUGGAUUUCCAGUUAAACAGUUUAUAGAAACUGUUAUGCAAAAGAAUAUGAAAAUCCUCUCGAGGCACCAGCAACGUUGCUCCGAAUUACGCUCUGCGAUUUUGGAAUUUGAAGUACCUUGUGAAACGUACAAGAUUUUGAUUUUGAACAAUCAAAUCUCCAAAAUAAAAAGUGAAGAUUUUCAAGCCAUCACUACAUUCUGGAGGACGCCUGUCCAUCGUAUUCUGAAAACCAGGUCUACAAAGUUGAAGGGGAAAACGCUUUCGUGUCCAUACCAUGAAGAACCUUUUGAGCCCGAGAGCGAUGAAAAAGCUGAGUACGAGUUCAACAAAGAAUUUGAAGACACCAUCAACAGAAACAAACGUGCCACAAGCGAACCGUUGGAGUGUCUUUUCAUUCACGGAACUGGACAGAUACCGGAAGAUACAGGAAUGCAUAUCCGGGAAACGUUUCCAGAGUAUUGGGGGAAACUGCACGACAUGCUGCCAAAAGUGUGCAGCUCUACCAAGUUUCUUCAUAUGGAUACAGUGAACAAUGGAUGGGAUAACACCACGUUGCACGAAUACAUUUGUACCUUUGCCGCUGGGGGGGUUGGCCGUCCGAUCAAAAACAAGAUCAUUUUCACACACUCGAUGGGAAAUUUGUUGUUUGGAGCGACCUUGAAAACCAAGAAAUGCAGGCUACACAAAAAAUCGAGCCAGUGGUAUGCCAUUCAAGCUCCUUGGAAGGGAAGCAAAGUAGCUGAAAAACUAGAAAAGCUAUGCCGUCAAGAAGGACUGCCAGUCUACAAAAUUCCUCUGGUUGGAAAAAUUACCGCCAAAAAAGUUCUAUCAACUCUUCGGGAGAUGAAUUACUGCGAUUCAACUGACCCACUUCCAUCCCCAGUAUACAGAACAAUAACACCAAAUUAUAAUUCCAGUAUUCUUGGAUUGACUUUGAGUGAUAUUGAAAAAUUCUCCAAACCAUUGAUCUCCGGUGCAAUGUGUGGAAUGAGCUCUUGGGGAAUGGGAAGAAAGUGGAGCCGGUCAGGGCAGCUUUUUAUGGUACAAUGGCUUUCUGGACUGGAAAACCCAAAUGAUGGACUUGUCAGCUACAGGAGCUGCAAUAUGGGCCGGGCACGAAUUUUUUCGGACUCUUACAAGGAAAGGUUCUACAAGACAAACGCAAACCACGAAGAGGGAACCUGCCUACAUGGAGAUUCAAAAUUUUGCUGGAACCCAUUCAAUUACAAACGGGAGAAGCCCUGUAAGUGGUAUCAGCAAACAAUUCUGGACAAUUUUGCUUGAACCAUAAAGUGACCACUCCUCAAACAAGAUCCAUUCAACUUCUUCUGAGUAUUUGAUUAUUUGUUUAAAUGAUUAUAUGAUUAUUUGGUUAUCUGGUUAUUUGAUUAUUUUCCAGACUUGUUUCGACUUUUAGCUAUGAUUUUUGACGGAUUUUUUAAA